UCGGCGCAUGCGCAAUCGCGAAGCCCCUCCUUCCACCAGGGACUCAUUGUGCAGCAACCGGAUUGACUCCUUCUCGUCCGCGCGGGCGCCAGCGGGAUCCUGUACUACUUCCCUUUUUUCCUUAAAAGAGGGGGGAAAAAAGAGAGGGGGAGGACAAAACAAAAAAAUAACCACCUCUACAACCCGGCUCGACGGAAAAAAAAGGGGUUUGGAACCGUUUCGCGUCGGGAAAGGGGAAAAAAAGGGGGGGUUGGCUUCUUCUUCUCCCUCAGCGCCAACAUCACCACUCUCCCCCCGCCCCUCUCUCUCUCGCUUUGACUUCCUCCUUUGCGCGUGCGCACACGGCUGACUUUCCCCCUCCUCCCCAACCCCCACCUGCGCGGGUUUGAGCUUCCUCGCGGCCUCUUGAUUGGCUGAAGCGCGCGCGCUCGAGAAAGAGAGAGAGCGCGAGCCUUAGAACUUCUCUCCUUUCUCUCUCCUUCCCCCUCCCCCCCGCGACAAAAAAAGGGCAGGGCCAGGCGACCAAUCAGAGGACGCGUCGCGCGCGAGCAAGCGUAAAAACCCGUUCCUUGGCCUCGAGGCCUACGUUGGAAAAGCGAAGGAACGAGCGCGCUCCCGACGCUCUGAGAGAAGGCAAGCAGGGAAGUCAGUCAGUGAGUCAGUCGCGCGCGCGGCGGGCCUAGGCUAACGAAGGGCGGGAGUCGAUUGAGGUUCUCUUCCUCCUCCUCCUUUAAGAACCCUCGUUUGUGACCACCCUCGCUGUCUGUCUGUCUGCCCGCCCGUCAGUCAGCUAGGGAACUCCUUCGCCGGCCGGCUUCCCCUUCCGGGUUCAAUUCGAACCUCCUCAAGGGAAUCCUAGGCCUCAACGGCCUCCUGUGCGCCUGUGUUCAGGCAGGCAAGCCAGGCGGGCGGGCUCGGGAAGCUGAGCCUGUGGCGUCCGCCAUGUUGAAGCAGCCGCUGCCGCCGCCCUCCCCGCAACCCGCCCCUCCGGCUUCGGGCCCGGCGCCGGCCUCCGUGCCCACGCCGCCCCUCGCAGCCGCCGGCACCUCUUCGGCCACUGUCGCCGCCGCCUCACGGAAGGCCAACCCGCCGCCCGCCAGCCCCAACGGCAGCCUCAGCCCCGGCGCCGCGGGGGGAGCCCGGGUCGCCACUGUGGCGCCCCCCGGGAGCGGAGGAGGAGGAGGAGGGGGCACCCCGGGAGGAAGCGGGACGAGGGGCCAGAGCACAGGCAAAGGACCUCCACAGUCUCCUGUCUUUGAAGGUGUUUAUAACAAUUCACGUAUGCUGCACUUCCUGACAGCAGUUGUGGGAUCUACAUGCGAUGUGAAAGUGAAAAAUGGAAGCACCUUUGAGGGGAUUUUUAAAACCCUUAGCUCCAAGUUUGAACUAGCUGUGGACGCUGUGCACAAGAAGGUGCCGGACCAACCAGUAGGGCCCAGGAGGGAGGAUAUUGUGGACACUAUGGUGUUCAAGCCUGCUGAUGUCAUGCUGGUGCACUUCCGCAAUGUUGAUUUUAAUUACGCCACCAAAGAUAAAUUCACAGAUUCUGCUAUUGCUAUGAAUUCCAAGGUGAAUGGAGAGCACAAAGAGAAGGUGCUACAACGCUGGGAAGGAGGAGACAGCAACAGUGAUGAUUAUGAUUUGGAAUCUGACAUGUCAAAUGGCUGGGACCCCAAUGAGAUGUUCAAGUUCAAUGAAGAAACUUAUGGUGUGAAGACCACCUAUGAUAGCAGCCUUUCUUCAUAUACAGUCCCUCUUGAGAAAGACAAUUCUGAAGAAUUCCGGCAGCGAGAGGCCAGAGCUGCGCAGUUGGCGCGGGAGAUUGAAUCAAGCCCACAGUAUCGACUACGUAUUGCAAUGGAAAAUGAUGAUGGGCGCACAGAAGAAGAAAAGCACAGUUCUGUUCAGAGACAGGUGUCAGGAAGAGAUAGCCCUAGUCUGGCAUCCAGAGAGGGCAAGUACAUACCACUUCCCCAACGUGUCCGAGAAGGCUCGCGAGGCGGAGUACGUUGCAGCAGCUCUCGGGGCGGGAGGCCAGGCAUGAGCUCUUUACCUCCCCGUGGAAGCACACAUCAUUCAGAAAGCAACACAGGCUCCAUUCCAGAACAACGAGGCAUAAAUGGAGGUCCAUCCAGAAUGUCUCCAAAAUCACAGCGACCUAUUCGGGGGGCCAAGAGUAUGUCUUCUCCCUCCAGUCGCCCCAUGGAAGUUUCAGCUGCUUCUCCAACAGUGGGCCGCGUCUACACUCCACGUUCUCCAAAAUCUGCCUCAGCUGUGCCAGUCUGCUCUCAGGAUCCCCCAGUGGGAUCGACUGCCCCUGCUGCUCCUGUGUCACCCUCUGAAUCAAGGCCUGUAAUGGAACCUAGUGCUUCUCCAACCCCACCUUCUCCCAAGGUCCCAGCAUCUGCUCCUGUAGCUGCUGUUGAAGUUAAAGAGGUGCCUAGCUCUGUCACCAAAGAACCCAGCAGGACCUUGGAGGUUAUGGGACCCUCAGAUUUGGUCAAACAAGCAAACAAAGGUCUUCAGAAUGAGCAGAAGAGGAAUCAGCUAGAGGAGCUGCGUAAAUUUGGAGCCCAGUUUAAGCUGCAGCCCAGUUCCUCCCCAGAGGCCACACUUGACACUUUCCGACCCAAGGAGCCUCUUGAAGGAAAGGUGAAGGACAAGCCCCCAGAAGCAUUGGCUGGGGCAGGGGGCACUUGCGAAGUGCCUGAGGAGUCCCCCAAGCCCAGCCUAGAACUGUCUGAUGUCACCAGCAAGGAAGAGAAAGGGCCCUGUGAAGGCAUGGAACGCCAGACUCAAACAUCUAGCCCUCUGGGCAAAGGGGACACAGAAGACAAGGAGGAUGGCCCUGUCUCAGAACAAGUGAAAAAAUCAACACUGAAUCCUAAUGCAAAGGAAUUCAACCCAUCAAAGACUCUCCUAUCCGUGAACAAGUCAACAAGUACGCCCACAUCACCGGGACCACGCACUCACUCUACGCCCUCCAUCCCAGUCAUUACACCUGGGCAAAGCGGCAUGUACAGCACACAGUACAUCUCUUAUAUCCCACAAAUCCACAUGAGCCCAGCUGUGCAGGCGCCCCAGAUGUACCCUUACCCUGUUUCCAAUUCUGUGCCAGGACAGCAGGGCAAAUAUCGAGGAGCUAAAGGUUCUCUGCCCCCUCAGCGUUCAGACCAGCACCAGCCAACCUCAGCUCCUCCUAUCAUGCAGGCAGCUGCAGCCGCUGGGCCCCCACUUGUGGCUGCCACUCCGUAUUCGUCAUAUAUUUCCUACAACCCUCAGCAGUUCACAGGACAGCCCACUAUGAUGCAGCCUAUGGCACACUAUCCAUCGCAGCCUGUCUUCGCCCCUAUGCUGCAGAGCAACCCACGCAUGAUGGCAUCUGGCAGUCACCCCCAGGCCAUUGUAUCAUCAUCUACUCCCCAAUAUCCCCCGGCAGAGCAACCUACGCCUCAGACUCUUUAUGCCACAGUGCAUCAGUCGUAUCCCCACCAUGCUACACAGCUACAUCCGCAUCAGCCUCAACCAGCUACCACACCCACCGGCAACCAACAGCAAGCGCAACACGCCGCCCCCAGCCCAGUGCAGCAUCAGGCUGGACAAGCUCAUUUGGCCAGUGCCCAGCAGCAGCAGAACCUGUACCACACAGCCACGCUGACGGCUACACCACCAUCCAUAACCCCAGGGCCCAGUGCCCAAUCUCCACAGAGCAGUUUCCCCCAGCAGGCAGUCUAUGCCAUUCAUGCCCACCAACAACUGCAACACGGCUAUACCAACAUGGCCCAUGUCACCCAGGCUCAUGUCCAGACUGGAAUUGCAGCUGCCCCACCUCCUCACCCUGGAGCUCCACAAGUCAUGCUGCUGCAUCCCUCGCAGACCCAUGGCGGACCCCCGCAAGGAGGUGUGCCCCAGAGUGGAGUGCCCACCCUCUCGGCUUCCACGCCCUCCCCCUACACUUAUAUAGGGCACCACCAAGUUCAGUCUCACCCUUCCCAGCAGCUUCCAUUCCACACCCCUGGGAACUGAUGUCCACGCUUCUCCCUGUGACCUGAGACCCUAGCCAGCCUUGGCUCAGUGGCUGGCCCAAAGCCUGGGCCAGCCCUCAUGCCCAUGGUAGAGGCCCCUGGAGGGGUGCCGUCUGGCCUGGCCCGCCCCCCCUCGCCAAGCACCUUCCUUUCCGUUGGUUUAAUGAAGCCCACUUGGGAUGCUGUCAGCCAGCGGGACGGAGCAGGGUCCUCCCCCCUUGCCUGGAGAAGGGCAGAGUUUCUUUUCUGUUAUUUAUGACUCCAUUCGGGCUCUUAGAGCAAAUGCCACUUUCCCACAUUAACUUGACAAGGACAUGACCAGAUGGACAAACCUUGACUUUUUAUUAAAUAAAAUAUUUAAAAAGUUAAAAAAAACCAAUAAAAUUUUAAACUAACUAA